ACACGGCACAAAAAUUGCUCGACAUCAGUCAACGUUUGCUCUCAACGUUAUCCAAUUGCAAUCACAAUCAAAAAUGUUCAAGGCUUUGAUCUUCACCGCCAUUGUUGGCAUCGCUUUUGCCUCACCACUUUCGCCAAAACUUCUUAAGGCCAUCGGCGGUGGAUCCGGUGCAGAUAAAGUGGUACCGAAAGUGGUCGAUGUCGUGGUCCCCCAUGUCAAUAACGAUGAUGUGCACGCUGAGACCGUGAACCGUGUCGACGAUGUUCGUGCCGAUGGCUUUAGUGCUGUCUUAGAGACAAGCAACCACAUCAGCGAGUCCAGAAAUGGUGAUGUGCACGGCAACAUUCACGGCGACUACGGCUGGAUCUCUCCCGACGGCGAACACAUCCAGCUCACCUAUGUGGCUGAUGAGAACGGUUACCAGCCAAAAGGUGUCCAUCUGCCCACUUCACCUCCAAUUCCAGCGGCCAUCCAGAGGUCUCUUGAAUGGAUCGCAGCGCAUCCCCCAGCACCUGAGAGCCACGAAGAUGAAGAAGAAGAAUAGUUUCUAGGAGUUACGAAAAUAAACUG